AUGACCUCAACUCUUAAUGAACAGUUGGAAGAAUUGAGACUUCUUGCAGAUGUUCUUGACACUCUUUCAAAAGGUGAUCAUCCACUGCGUCCCGAUCAAGUGACACCUUUGACUGAUAGAAUGCGUCGUGCUACUGAUCUUAUUGCUAAUAUUUGUAGUGAGGGGAAACUAAUUCCAAAGGAUUCGACAGAAAAGGAACGUCCUAGACGAGCUGAUGGUUUACCCGAACUGAUUCCACAAUUAAGACAGUCUCCGGGGCAAAUGUAUACAGUGCAAAAAAGAAAACCUGUAGUUACGAAACCCUCAAGUAUUAGUGCGUUUCCAGUGCCCAGGGAUAAAGUUCCACAGGGAUAUUUAGCAGUUUCAAAAGAGGUUUCACGUUGUUUAGCUUGUACAUUGUAUAAUAUUCUUGAAGGUGCGACAAGAUUAUUGAAGGCUUCUACUUCUCAUAUUUUUAUUCGCAAAGAUGAUGAAAUGAUCUCUAUUGCAAAUUGCAGCGCAAAACUUUCUUUUCCACCACAGUUAGUUCGUCACAGGUGUUUAGGAUCUCUUGACGCUGAAGUUUUAGGUAGUGGAAUUGCUUUAAAUCAACAAAUUAUGGAUACAACACGUACUACUUCAAGUUUGCUUAUUUUUCCAGUGUUUCUCCGUGAUCCUUCUUCAGAUGCUGUAGCUGUUGUUCAUGUAGAGAAUAAAUGUCAAGGAAGUGCGGGAUUUGAUGGUUCAGAUGAAGGGAUUCUUCUUACAACUUCACAAUUAAUUGGUGGAUUAAUGUCACGUUUCCCACAAAUGGAUUGGGUAAAAAAUUUUUAUGACCCUGUAACACAACAUAUUUUAGCUCCUUUUGAACCACAAAAGAAAAUUUCUAUUUCUCGUGAAAAAACUACACGAGAUCGACAGACCUUUGUUACUGAAACACCUCAUGGAGUUGAUGCAUCAUCUGAAACUGCUUAUUGGAAAAAAAUAGAAGAAUACGAGCCUCCACUAAUGAUUAGACGAGAAGUGUUGCCUCGAUUGACAUCUCAAAAAGCAUUAGCUCAAGGACUUUCUGUAGUUCCUACUUUGCGUGAAGUUGAUGCGUAUGUUGCAAAUAUGCAUAGUUGUUGGCAGCGUAGUAUAUCAAGUAAUGUUACAUUAUCAGAAGAAGAAUGUUCUAAUCAAAUUGAGCUUAAAAAAAUGCGUAGAGAAUUGGCUCGUGUAAAAGCCUUGUAUGAUGAAGCUGAAGAGCAAUUGCGACUUUAUCGUCUAGAAGGUCGUGAUUACACAGAAGAAUUUCAUUCUAUCAAGGCUGAACUUGAUUCUUAUGUACGAAAACGUGACAAGCUAGAUCAAGUGGAAUAA